CACCAAGAUCAGUGCAUACAUCGCACACAUCAGCUAUGCCUUUCAGCCAUGUUGUAGCAGAAGUAUUGUGUAUCCAACCCUUUGCGAUCCUCCUUGCCACAUCACCCCGUCUCAAGCCAACCUCAAACCCUCCCCUUCGAACCCUGCUCCCAGAUUCGCAAUCCGAUGUUGUGGUUUUGAGAUGUGGUGAGUUGGCUUUUGGGGUUUGUAUAUAUACAAAGAGGGGAGGGGAUGUAUCUGUCUCGGGAUCCUUCGUUCGGAGAGAUUUGAAACCUUGUUGAUGGUGAAUAAGUAUUAAUUAUGCGUAAAAUGCGUGUAUGUACCUCGAAUAUAUGUACCCCGAAUAUAUGUACCUCAAAUAUAUGUACCUCAAACAUAUGCCCCCAACUAUAUA